GUUGAUCCAUCGAAUUUGCCGUGGACGCCACGAUACGAUAAAUUCUUAUUGCACAACGUAUCGAAGCUGAAUCGAGUGGUGGAUCAUCAACGUUAUAUUGCAAUCAUAUCGAAUUUUUUGGAUACACAUAAAACGUUGAGAUACGACCAUAACAGACAGGAGAUUAAAGUGGGUUUGUUUGAUGUGCUAUUCGAAUGGUUUUGUUGGGUUAAUGGAGAUGGUAUUAUAUCAGUGCGGACAUUUCAUAUCACAAAGGAGUGA